CGCACCAUGAACUCGUGGGACGCGGGCCUGGCGGGGCUGCUGGUGGGCACUAUUGGCGUGUCGCUGCUGUCCAACGGGCUGGUGCUGCUCUGCCUCCUGCACAGCGCUGACAUUCGCCGCCAGGCGCCGGCGCUCUUCACCCUCAACCUCACGUGUGGCAACCUGCUGUGCACCGUGGUCAACAUGCCACUCACGCUGGCCGGCGUCGUGGCACAGCGGCAGCCGGCUGGGGACCGCCUGUGCCGCCUGGCCGCCUUCCUCGACACCUUCCUGGCCGCCAACUCAAUGCUCAGCAUGGCCGCGCUCAGCAUCGACCGCUGGGUGGCUGUGGUCUUCCCGUUGAGCUACCGUGCCAAGAUGCGCCUCCGUGAUGCCGCGUUCAUGGUGGCCUACACGUGGCUGCACGCGCUCACCUUCCCGGCCACCGCGCUCGCCCUGUCCUGGCUCGGCUUCCACCAGCUAUAUGCCUCGUGUACGCUGUGCAGCCGGCGGCCGGAGGAGCGCCUGCGCUUUGCUGUCUUCACCAGCGCCUUCCAUGCGCUCAGCUUCCUGCUCUCCUUCAUCGUACUCUGCUUCACGUACCUCAAGGUGCUCAAGGUGGCCCGCUUCCACUGCAAGCGCAUCGACGUGAUCACCAUGCAGACGCUCGUGCUGUUGGUGGACAUCCACCCCAGUGUGAGGGAGCGGUGUCUGGAGGAACAGAAGCGGAGGCGACAGCGUGCCACCAAAAAGAUCAGCACCUUCAUAGGGACCUUCCUCGUGUGCUUUGCCCCCUAUGUGAUUACCAGGCUGGUGGAACUCUUCUCCACAGCACCCAUCGGCUCCCACUGGGGUGUGCUGUCCAAAUGCUUGGCCUACAGCAAGGCUGCAUCUGACCCCUUCGUAUACUCCUUGCUUCGACACCAAUACCGUAGGAGCUGCAAGGAUCUUCUGAACAGGAUCUUCAAUAGACGCUCCAUCCGCUCCCGUUCUGUGGGCCUCACAGGUGACUCUCACAGCCAGAAUAUUCUGCCAGUGUCAGAAUGAAGGACCACUCUCCUGCUGGGGAGUUCAGGAUGAGGUGGACAGAGCAAAGGGAGGUGGGCUGGGACUCCUGGAUGGACAUGAACUGCCACCCUUGCCUGGUGACUGCAGUGUUGUUGAUGUCUGAACAAGUUCUUGGCUCUUCCAGGGUAGAUUAUCAGACUGUCCCAUCACCAAAGGAUGGCCAUGGGCCAUGUCCUGACUUUUCUUCUUGGGAGUGUAUUUUGAGCAUUUAGACUCACCAAAGGCCUCCCAAAGGAUGGUAGGCUAGUCACUGUCAAGGACACAGAGUGCUGGUGGCAGGUGUAGGGCAUGACGCUCACCUGUUUGCUAACCACUGGUCAUGGGGCUCCAUGCUCCAAAGGACAUUUCAGUGAUGCUGAAAGUGAGGCUGUCUGUGGCCAUCUGGCCCCAGAUCUAAUAUGGCCUCUCUUUUCCACUUGGUAGUGGUGGCUGCUGUAACCCAAAUAUUAUCUAGCUGGUGCCGACUACAUUGUGCUCAGCUGACACCUUUGGGCUCUGCACUCAGUGGGGAAGUGUUUAACAACCAGUUUGCUGCCUACCAGUUGUCUUAGGAAUGAUAAAUUGGAUUCAACUUUUGUCCCUCUUCCAUCAAACAAACUGAUGUUUGCGUGUAUUGACAAUCGUAGCAUGAAAGUGGUCUCAAUAGACAGGUAAUAGAUAAUGUUAGAGUCUCUGAAAUCUGAGAAGGAAGUCACCUUCUUCUGAUUUGCAUGCCAUAGCUAUGCGAGCCCAGUGAAGCAGGAAGAAGGUGUCCGGUCUGUCCUACCUCCCCAUCUGGGAUCUGAGUUGGUAGGAAGGACUCCCUCUUGUCUUAGACAUCUUGCCCAUCACAUCCUGUGAGGUGGAUGCACAGGAGCUGACAUAACAGAGAUGCAGUCUUAGUUUUCAGAUACUGGGUACCAUUAUCCUCAUGGUUCAUGACCCUCAUUCUGUAACUCUGUCUUGAGAAAGUGGGGGUUGUCCAAGGUCACCACAAGAGUGCUUUGUGCCACUGAUGAGAGAGAGCAAUUAGUAUAGGAUGCUGUUUCUAUAAUAUACAUGCCAACCCACUGGGAGCCAUUGUCUAGGUCUCAUUAAAAACUAAGGACUGGAGAAGUAGCUUAGCCAGUAAAAUGCUUACUGUACCAGGCAUGAGGACCUGAGUCUGACCCCCAAGAAUCCACACUAAAAGCAAACUGGACAUGGUGGCGUGCACCUGCAAUCCUAGCACCGGAGAAGCAAGAGAGGUGGCUCCCCAGGGCUCACUGGUCAGCCAAGAUUUAGCUGAACUGGUGAGCUCCAGGCCAGCGACAGAUCUCAAAAAAAAAAAAAAAAAAAAAGGAAAAAGAAAGAAAGAAAAGAACAAAGCAGAUGGUGGCUGAGAAGCAACACCUGAGAUUGACCUCUAGUCCCCACAUGCCUGCACACACACACACACACACACACACACACACACACACACACACGCACACACGCACACACAUGCACACACACAUAUACGCGCACACACAUAUAUGCGCACACACACAUGCACACACACGCGCACACACACAUGCACACACAUAUGCGCACACACACAUAUACACACACACAUACACACACACACACACACACACACACACACACACACACACACACACGGUCCAUGCCUUCUUCCCAUCUUAUCCUUUCAGACUGACUUGAGAAUGCUCAGAGCAGUUGUUUCUCGGCCCUGUAGGAGACUCCUCUGGGUGGAAAGGGUGGGAAGCCAUCAGGUCAGAAGGAUCUUUCUUUCCUUAUAGCUCCACACAUCCUAGUCUUAGAAGUACAGAGGGAACUACCCACCAGGGACCAGUCUGAAGAAUGUUGGUCUUCCCUGCCAGGCAGCCCCAGUAGUUAAAGACAGAGAAAUGUCUGCUUGUCUAUUUGAAAAGAUGGACUAUCAUUAACUCUUGGCAAUUCAUUUAGAAAACAGCUCCAUCAGGCUUAGUGUUGUCGGGCUUCUUAGUUUCCAUGGAGAUAGUUGUAAUAUCUAAGGGGACUUUAAUAUCUUCCCAUUGCUGGGAGAGGUAUGCUCACACCUGCCUUGACAGAGAAAAAGAACCUGGGGUCCAGAGGGGACUCCUCAGGAUACUUGUUUGGACUUUGUACCCAUCUCUCCCCAGCCAGUCUUACGGGGGAGUUGGUGAGGUACACUCCCUCCCUCCUGUGACAAGGGAUGUCACACAGGUAGCUUGAAAUUAGCCAUGAUGGAAGUUUUUAUAUACUCAGAAUAACUAAGUGUUGUAAAUCAGGCCUUUCCCCCAAGCUGGUUGUCUCCCAUCUACCAGCACAACACUGCCACAUGUUUCUUUCUGGAACAAAACCGUCGUGGUUCGAGUCCAUUCAGUCCUAUCUAGCCCAAAUCACAACAGUCACUUCUAUAGCUUUCCUAGCAAAGAGCAGCUGUGUCUACCCUCUGUUGUCCCAAUACUCAAAGUGCUAGGGAAGUUCAAAUCAAGCAGGGACCCAAGACAGCACCCACAAAAUAAUCUCCUCCCUUUUCACACAAAUCCUGCUGAAGUUGGGCAAGACAGGGAUGGGGACCCAGAGGGUGAGGUCAGUAGACAAGGAAAGGCGAUUUAGGGCAUCCACGUCUCCCAUAUUGGUUCGGAGGGAGAGUAACCCUACAAAUCCUUUCUCUGCUUACUCUGUGUAGGCAACAUAUUGCACCCUGAGUUGCAACGAGAUCUCUUUGUCCCUUCCCUAGCUAAGAAGCAGGAACUGCCACCCACGACACCACUUAUCCGGAAGGCUGUAUGCUGUAAUUUUCACUAUGCCUCUGAAACUGCUUACCAUCUAAUAAAACCCGUUACAUUGGCAUCGUGCCACUGACAAGAACCCCAGAUAAGCCCAUUGAUGGAGAGUUUUCAUUAUCACUUAGGCACAGGCUUGAAAACCCCAAGGGAAGCGAGAAGGAAGCGGCUCCAUUGGCAAUGGGCACCAGCCGAUGCUGCAGCAAUUGCCUUCCCAUAAACAUCUAGUGUCAUUCUGCACAUUUCUGAAACACACCCCCCCCCCCCCGGUCACUGCUCCCAUCUGAACGAUCUACCUCAUUCUGGCUAUUGAAUUCAUCAAACAAUGUGUGGUUUUCUCAGGCAUGAGGUAUAUGAAACAAGACUCUGUCUCCCAAGGUGAAAGGUCUCCAUGACUUGCUUGACUCCCACUAGUUUCCAGAGUCACAUUCACUGAGCUUGCAUGUGAGGGCCACUGGGCAGGUGAAACCAUUUUGUGAAGUUUGGUAGUGAUGCCUAUAGAGACGCCUCUUCCAGAUCCCAAAUCCACCCCGUGGGCUCAGUUCUGGUCUCACACACACUGCUUCCCUUUUAUAAUCUCUCUGGCCCCAUCUGCAUUUCUCUUGCACCCCUCCUUGGAGGUCAGGGUCUCAGAAACCUGGGGCCCUGGGGCAUACAGGAUGCUUGCUGAAUGGUAUGCCCUUGAUGUCUGGGUGUCUGGCUAGCUCAUCCCCCAUAGACAUUUGUCUACAUUCAACUAGGAGACAAGCACGGCUUGGUGACCUCCUCGGCUUUUUUUCUAUUAUAUUUUCUUCCAGGGCUCAGCUCAGGCCCCCAUCAAAGUGAGCAAUAAAUCUUUUGCCUUGUGUUUGUGAGAUUUUUUUUUAAUGUGUCUCUCUCUCCUUGAAAGAAGGUAGACAGAAUAGAGCCAAGCCUGUGUCCUGGCUGUCACUCCUUCCCAGGCUUAGAUGCAGGUAGUCAUCUGUGCUUGGCUGUGAUGUGGUUGUUGGAUGAACCUGAAGGCUGUGUGUUGUCAGGAUUUGACCUUAACACAGGCUUAAGUAAGUUGCCUGAUUUUCCUAAGAAUAUUCUAUAAGGUGCCAGAAACUAUAUGGAUCAGUUCAUAUCAUCCAGCCCAUGAACACCAUGGGGAAAGAUCUGGAGACUGUGAGGUACCCAUUGCCUUCCUGAGAAUCUGAGGGUCUGAGUGGAGACAGUGGCUAUUAAACAUCCCCAUCCCCAAGUGUCACCAAAGGAGGUGCUUCAAUAUGAACUCCUGAGUUCCCCCUUCAGAGGUGAAUUCAGGUAAGCUGGCAUGACUUGGGAUUCUAUGAUCUAUAUAUUGGGAUCCAGGCAGCUGACUCAGGUGAUCUUUCAACUCUGUCCCAGCAGGGAUAGCCCCUCUUCAGGGACACUACACGAUUAGUGUUUUAGGUGUCGAGGACUCCUUGUCAACUUGCACUUUCGAGAAACUUUGGUCUAUCAUCUUCAUGAGCAUCAGUAGCCUACAGUAUUCCCCCAAGACCCAAGUGAGGCUUCUCAUUCCCUGACUUGUCAGGACUCACAUGGAGAUGAUGUGAAGAGCCUUUGGUGGGGAGAGAGGGAAGAGCUCGGAAUCUCCAAUUUGUUCUACAGGUUCAGUGGAGGAAUUUGUGUGUGUGGCCGGGGAGCCUGCCUUGUAAGUUUCUUACCUUCUUUGCCAGCUUCCACUUCCACCCAAACUCUUCCUCCCGUCUUUAGAAGGCCUCCUAAGCUCCUUCUCCAAGCACAGAGUGAAGCGAAGGAGCUGAACACUUUGGGCAGUCAGCUUCCCAGAAGGGAGGAGCCAUGGGUCCUGAGGAAUGGAGCUGUCAAAAUUCAGUGAUCCUGCAUAUAGAGAGGACACAGCUGGAGCUUAAGGUGGUGUCUAUCAGCCUGACCCAGACACCAGAAGUUAGGGACUGCUCAGUGCCAGAGGUCCAAAGAAUGGGCUCCUGCAAUGACCUGCUGAGUGGCUGGUGGUAAAACUGGAUCUGACCAAGAGCUGUGGGAGUUCUCGCCUGUCACCCCAUAGUUCCGUAAGCCCGAGUCUCCUGUGGCAGGCCCCCGGAGGAGAUGAGUGUCUAUGUGGGCCUAGGUAAGGGGUGUUGCUCAGCACUGUUUACGGGAGGCCCUAGAAGACCUUGCAGAGGCAGUGGGCAUUGGGCCAGAGCUGCUGCUGCAGCAUGGGGUGAGAUGUAGGAGAUGUGGACCAGCCUGGUAAAGGUCCAGUAGGGUGGGGCUUAGUGUGCAUUCAGAAACACUGUCCAGGGGCUGCUCAGAAGUGGGCAGUGCCUCCCAAGACACAGUGAAUGCCAUCUGUGGCCAACAAGGUGGCUGUUCUUGGAGUCAGAACAAAAUUAGAAAACAAAAAAAAAGAUGAUAGGGAGAAAAAUCCACAGAUAUUUAGCUAUCCAAAAAGAGAAGAAUGAAAAAGCAGGAGGGAAGAAAGGAAGAAAGGGAAAGGAAGGAGGGAGAGGGGAAAGGCAAAGGAAUUGAAUUCAUUCGGAGGGAAUUGACACUCAUUUUAAUUAAAUAUUUUAUUUACUUAUUUACUUGCCACCUAGUCCUUCCCUCCAAUUCUUUCCACCCCUCUCCUGAAACUGUUUCUCCCUCCCAACUUCAUGUACUCUUUUUUUUAAACCAUUGAGUUCAAGUGGUGUUGCCAGUGUGUGUGUGUGUGGGGGGUAAUAGGGCUGUCUACCAGAGCAUGGCCAAUCUUCCCAGGGCCAGACCUCAGAAGAAAACUGUUACCCCUUCAGCCGUCACCACUGCCAAUAGCUCCUCAGCCAGAGAGUGGGGUGUAGCUAGAGUUUUCCUGCCUGGCCCACAGUCAGGACAAACCUCUGUCACCUGCCAGUCCCACAGCCGCUCAGACCCAACCAAGUAAACACAGAGACUUGUAUUGCUUACAAACUGUAUGGCCGUGGCAGGCUUCUUGCUAACUGUUCUUAUAUCUUAAAUUAAUCCAUUUCUAUAAAUCUAUACCUUGCCAUGUGGCUCGUGGCUUACCGGCAUCUUCACAUGCUGCUUGUCAUGGCGGUGGCUGGCAGUGUCUCUGACUCAGCCUUCCACGUCCCAGAAUUCUUCUCCUCCUUGUCCUGCCUAUACUUCCUCCUGCCUGACUACUGGCCAAUCAGUGUUUUAUUUACUAACCAAUCAGAGCAACGCAUUUGCCAUACAGAACAUCCCACAGCAGUGGGGCUUUGUAACCCCCUCCCUGAUCCACGCUGGGAUUUCGACUGGCUUUAUCUCAUGCAGGUGAAUACAGCCACAGCCACCGGGAGUUCAUAUGUACAAUGGGUCACUGUCAUAUCCAGAAGACAUCUGUUUGCUGCAGUCCUCCCAACCUCUGUCUCUGACCAUCUUUCUACUCCCUCUUCAAGGAUGGUCCCUGAGCCUUGGUGGAGGAGGUGUCACAUAGAUGUCUUAUUUAGCACUGAGUGCGCUAUGAGUCUCUUACAUUCUGGAGUUCGACCAGUUGUGGGUCUCUGUAUUAAACUAUAUUUACUGCAAAAAUAGACUUCUCUGAGGGUUGAAAACUGCCCAAUCUGAAGGCUCAGGGAAGUGAGAUCCUAGAGACCAAUGUUGAGUUUCUUUUCUUUUCUUUUCUUAAAAUUUUAUUUAUUUAUUUAUUGGUGUGUGUGUGUGUGUGUGUGUGUGUGUGUGUGUGUGUGUGUGUGUGUGUGUGUGUGUGACACAGAUAUCCUAUUUGUUGACUGUGCACUCUGUGGUCAUUUAUUCUCCACACUUUGGCCAGUUCUGAGUUUCUCCACUGACCACCAUCCCCUGCAUAAGGAAACUUCUCUGAUGAGGUCUGAAAGGCACACUAAUCUAUGAGCAGAAAGAUACACAUUAAGAGGGCAGUUUAAUGCUGUUUCCAUUUAUCAAAAUAAUAGUAUAAAUGUACAAAACAACACUUUCUCAUGCACACAACCCUGGAGCCUGGAAACUCCCCAAACAUGACUUCUCAGAUUGUUACCCCAUAACAUUUGUGACACUAUUGUACUCAUGGGAAAAUCUUACCAUGUUGGUCUUUUAUCAUAGUUAUCAGACUCACAGAUGGCUAAGACUGUUGAUGACAUUUCCCCAGCAGCCUGCAUAGCACCUUCCAGUACUAUGAGAGCUAGCCAACAAAGGAAGAAGCUUCUUGGUCAGUAUUGAUUUUACCAUGGCCUGUGACUAAUGUGUGUAGUAUUUUCAGCAAUAAGGUCACGUCAUCAAGUUCUGGUAUGCAACCAAGCCAACAUUCAUUUUAAUGAUAGCGUUCAUUCCUCUGUUUAAUAAUUUAUUUACUCGCUUACUUACUUAUUUGCUUAUUUUUAAGACAGGUUGUCCAAGCUGGCCUUGAACUCACCAUAUAGUCCACACUGGCCUCAAACUUGUAGCCUAUCUUACAGUGAUCAGCAAUCCCCCUGCCUCAGCCUCCUGGGUGCUGCUAUUGCAGGCAUGAGCUACCACACAGCUACAAUUAAGCCCCCAGGCACAUUCUCUUUGAGCACCUUCUCUGAUGAUAUCCUAAGUUGGGACAAAUGUGUGUCUUCAUUUUCUCUAGGGGAAUGUGACACAAUUAAUAUCCAUGCAGGCCGAGGCUUACUGCUACCAAUCCCCAGGGGCAAAUGGAAGAAUUAACACAGCAUGGUGUACAGUGGCACAGCCAUGGUCCAAGGGUUGUCCUCACACUUAUUAGGCAUUCCACACCCUCACCUUCCUUUGCAGGGGAAUGAACAGUUCAUUCUUGCAAUGUGUCAUGUAAAUACAUACUUCACAUUUAAAAGUCAGAUGUGAAUCAAACCAAUAGCAGCAGAGCUCUGUUUUAUCAUGCACACCAAUAUUUAAGGAUUUUUUUUAAACAAUUGAUAUUUUAGAGUCAAAGACCUAUGUGUACCCCUAGGAUGUGUAUGCUCUUAGGAACACUGCGACAUGGUAUUUCCCAUGUCCCUUCACACGUGCCCAGUAAGUCUACAUAGUCACCAUUAGACUUAUUCCCUAGUAUGGAAGCAGAGGUCAUGAUGUGAUAGUUUCAAAGGGCCUAGAAUCUCUAUUUGGAGACAGGUAGUCUCAGGCUUCAACCACGCUCCACAACACCCAAAGAGAGCGAGUUUGGAAUAGAAGGGGUCAGAGGCCAUCACAAUGACAUUCCUGCAAUGUGUCCGGGUGACUGGAACCAGAUCAUAGUAAUUGCUCAGGCUGGCUAAAAUCCCCAACACCCAAUCCCCCAGGGCCCAACCUCCCAUUGCCUUUCUUCAGCUCCUCUGUUGCCAAACCUUUCCUUGAAUUAUUAAUAGUAACCAACCCGCCCUGCUUGAGAAAGCUUCGAAUGCCAAGUUUCCUUGCUAACUGAAAUGAUUCCAAACCUCAACAAUCCUGUUUCACAAGAAAUGUGUAAACACAAUUUCUCCUGGCGCAUAGGGGCAUUCAUGGGAUCUGGUGUCUCGCCAGCCCCAUUAGGGUCUCCUACAGAAAACCCAGUUGCUCUGAGUUGCAAACAGCAAGUCAAAAGGGUAGUUUGCCUUGCCUCCCCGCCUCCUGGGGCAGUUAACUCGAUGUUGAUUGGAUCGAGUUCUUUUCUUAGGCACCUCUGGGAGAAGGAAUUGAAAUCUUGCAUCUGAAUGUGUGGGCUUCUCAUUUGGUGAGGAUGCUCUUGGGUGGAUAUAACUCUCCCUCUGGUGUUGUAUCCUGUGUAGUGGAUGAGACUAGACACUAUCAGCCAUGUCCAUCUUUCCUCCCCAAGAAAGCACAGUAGAUUUUCCUUGCCCAGUAUCCCGUAGAAGAAGCAUCACUUCCUACAGAUGAGAGGGGAGCUGGUAGGAGGCCACUGCUAGUGUGCCAUCCUGGAAGCUCUUGGGCACCAGGGCACUAACGACCAGUGCUUUACACCCCAAUGUUUUCAUGCAUUUCACUUGCUUUGGCUAUCUGCAAAGGCAGCUGAGGAGGCUUGUGUCAUUCAUAGCUUGAGGCAUCCAGAAAGUCACCAGUAGAUGACAUACGGGUCCUCACAGCUGGGCAGUGUCAAGUGCAUCCAGCAAGGCUAAGGCUAGAAUUCUACCAGGAAAUGCAUUUUAUGUCUUAACAUUUCAAGAAAAGUUCUGAAAACUAAGAUUUGGGAAAGGUAAAAGCUAUUUCUGGCAGUGCUCGAUGGGUUUCUACAGUGUUGCAGUCCUCCCCAGGAGGGUCUGAGGAAAAUGGGUGGAGACGCUCGUGUUUGCAGAGUCUACGCUCCUCCCACCAGCGUGCACGCCUGUAAGUGUGUGCCACGGGUGGUGGAAGUUCAGCACCAACAGCCGAACACUGAGCACCAGAAGAAUCAAAAGUUUAGUGUCAUACUUACGUCAUUUGUAGUUUUAACUUUGCUUUCUAGUUUAAUGAACGAAACUGUGGCUCCAUUUAUCUUUAAGUAUCCACUACUCUGUCUCCCAACAUGGCAACGUUUACCUUCCCUGUGACUCACCUGCCAACAGCUGUAUUCUGCUGAAAUGGGACUCGAGAGAUUUGAAUCCAAGGCCAGUGCUGCCUGCUCUGUUUACAAUGGUUUGUGUUUUGUGAAUAUAUAUCAAAUGUUGUAAUAUAUUUUUAUGAUAGAAUUGAUGGUUAAUACAAGGGAAAUUAUAUAUAUUGUGAUUCUGUCCAAUAAAGAUUCCUGUUAUAAAAUCUCA